GUCCAAUCAGGAACAAGUAUAGUGGCGUCACUGAUCGCCCGCCAUUCUCUUCGACGCCAUCUUGAGCAUAUGAUCAUUGUGGUUGUUGUGAACCUCUGCACAAUUUUGUGUUUUUGAAUUCGACAAAUUACUUGAAUUUCAUCAAAAGCUAAAAAUGGCACGUACGAAGCAGACUGCACGUAAAUCAACUGGAGGUAAAGCUCCCCGUAAACAGUUGGCCACAAAGGCGGCCCGUAAAUCAGCACCUAGCACUGGUGGAGUAAAGAAGCCCCAUCGUUACCGUCCUGGUACCGUGGCUCUGCGAGAAAUCCGUCGUUAUCAGAAAUCGACUGAAUUGCUCAUUCGUAAGCUGCCAUUCCAACGGUUGGUCAGAGAAAUCGCCCAAGAUUUCAAAACUGAUCUGCGUUUCCAGUCUGCAGCUAUUGGUGCUCUGCAGGAAGCCAGUGAGGCCUACCUUGUGGGUCUCUUUGAAGACACCAACUUGUGCGCUAUCCAUGCUAAGCGUGUAACCAUCAUGCCUAAAGACAUUCAGCUGGCUCGGCGAAUUCGUGGAGAACGUGCUUAAGUUAGCUUUAGUGAACUUUAUCAUAAAUUAUUUGUAAUUCAAAUAGAAGAUAAUUCCAUAACAUUUUUUAUAAUGUCUCAUUUAAUUCAUAUUAACAUUGUAAUCGUUAUUGUAAGGAGGCAGCAGAACUGAUUUUUUUUAUAAAUGUGUUCUUUGGUAAGAUUGCUAUGCAUUUGCAUAGGAUGCUGUAAUUUAUGUUUGUGACUUAAGUUUCUUUGAUUUUAUUUCUAAAACAAUGCAGUGUCCCAUGUAAGGACAUAGUGUACUUUAGUGACUUGUGGUAUGAAUUAUGUCUAGGUAGGAUCAUUGUCAGCCACAUGUGUGAGAAUUCUGUACGUGGGAGUAUUUUCUGCACUUGAAAAUGUGUAUUGAUAAAUUGGUGUUAAAUAAAUAUAAUCUAGAAUA